UGAUGUGUCAGUGAACGACCUCACAGGACCCCUGCCAUCCAGCCUCGGGUUCACCGUAGAUGCUAUCAGCCCAAAAUUCAACACGUCAUUCAACCGCCUCUCGGGGGAAAUCCCCUUUGACUUCAUCAAUGUCAACUUCUACAUUCUCGACAUCUCUCACAACAACUUAUCGGGCCGAGCGUUCUUUUCCAAGCCAAAUGGGGACCGUACUACUAACGCCAUCAAUUACUCGCACAACAGGUUCUCAGGAGCGCUCGACCCCUCCCUCUCCACCCUCACCAACCUCCUCGAGCUGGACAUGUCGGGCAACCUCCUCACAGGGUCCGUUCCAGCCUUCAUCUCACGCCUUACCGACCUCACUAUGCUCGACCUCUCUUCCAACCAGUUCACUGGCACCGUCCCGCCAGCUGUCAGCAACCCCACUGGCCUCGUCAGCAUCAACCUGGCGCACAACCUCCUGCAGGGCUCAAUUCCCCGGGCUCUCUCGCGCCUCGCCUCCCUCACCUACCUCAACGUGUCGUCCAAUCAGCUGUCAGGAGACAUCACACCGGCCCUCUCUCCUCUGCGCUCCCUCGAGAUUGUUGACAUCUCAGCCAUCGAAUUGAACGGCUCUGUUCCGCCCUUCUUUCGUCGCAUGCCCAACAUGACCCACCUGGACAUGUCCAUCAACCUACUCUCCGGCUCACUGCCACCCUCGAUCCUCAACCUGCGACAGCUCUCCCAUCUCAAUGUGUCUCGCAACCGCCUCUCAGGCCCUCUGCCCAACGCUGCUGCCAGUCCAGCUCUCAUCAUCGACCUAUCAUUCAACGCGCUCUCAGGUCCGCUGGAGAGGCCCCAUAUCAACCUCAAGCGCCUGGCCAUGCUGGCGGUGCACCACAACCAGCUCAGCGGCCCCAUCCCCGAGUACCUCUGCCAAUCCGUGCUGCAGAUCAUGCUCCUGAGCAGCAACGCCUUCUGGGGGGCCCUCCCUCAGUGCCUGCCCUUCCUCUCCUCCGUCCAACUCAUAGACGUCAGCAACAAUCUGAUCUUCAUGGAUGCCGCAACCUUCCAAAACAUGCCGCCAAUCAGCCUGGAUCUCAGCGGCAACUACCUCUACGGCUCCCUCUCCCCCUCCCCCAACAUCAGCCUCUCCUCCUCCUCCUCCUCCUCCUCCUCGCCACCCAUCCCCUCUCUCGUCCUCCCUGCGACCCCCCAACCCCAGUCCCUUCCCCCCUGGGCAGUCCAGGAUGCAACGAAAUCUGAGUGGGCGUGGGUAUGGCAGGGGGGGCAGCAGGGGGCAACUGGAGCAGGAGGGGCGAGCGGGGGGAAUAGCAGCAGCGCAGCGGCGUGGCUGGCUGUGGAGGGCAACUGUGUGGGGAGUGAGGUUGUGGGGCAGCAGCGGGGGGCAACAGAGUGUGCGGCGGUGUGUGGGAUAGAGCCAGGGCAGGGCCCCUGUGGGGGUGUGGGUGCGGGGCAGUGUGUGGUGCAGAGCGGUUGGCCGCCGUCCCUCUCGUGCUCCUGUGCCAGUGGCUACGUUGCUGUCACUGCUGUCGGCACUGCCAAUACCACCACUUGCCAGCUGCCGCCCCCUUCCGUGGCCUCUCUGUCCACGGGUGCCAUAGUGGGCAUCGUUCUGGGCUGCUUUGCUGGCUUCACGCUGCUGGCUGCUAUGCUCGCAUGGUUGCUGUGGCCCCGCGGACCAAAGAAGUGGGAGGGGUUGGAUGUGUGCGAGCAGUUCUCGCUGCAGCAGAUGCUCAAGGCCACCAGCAACUGGUCCGAGGACAAUGUGCUGGGCAAGGGUGGCUUUGGCAUUGUCUACAAAGGCUGCUCGCCGCAGGGGCAGCUGUGGGCCAUCAAGCGCUCCACCAUCAUGACCAACGACUUUGAAACGGAGGUGCGAGCCAUGGCCUCUCUCCACCACGUGCAUCUGGUGCGCCUGCUGGGCUUCUGCCUGGACCAGAACGUGGAGACGGGCAGGCAGGAGCAGAUUCUCGUGUACGAGUUCAUAGACAACAGGGACCUCCAGUACCACAUCCAUGCCACCAAGCUAUUUCACCUCCUCCCCCAUGCUUCAUCCUUUCCUUGUGUGGAUGCCCUGCAGGCGAUGAAGAGGGUGGAGGCGUAUGAGCUAGAGGAGCUGAGGGACAGGAAGAUGCCAGCGGUCAGUGAGGAGGCGAUAGUGGACUUUGCAGACCUGGCUCUGGACUGCAUCAAGUCUCCCGGCACACGGCGACCCACCAUGAAGGAUGUGGCAUACCGCCUCAGUGCCCUCAUUGCCAAGCACUGCCCCGACAAGGAGGACGAGUGGGAAAGUGUUGCGAGAGACGAGAGUGCAAGCAACGAGGGUGUGUCUUCAGGAGAUGUUCCUGCUGUGUCGUUUGGAGAUGGUGGGAGGGAGCCCGAGGGGUCUGAUGGCUCACACUCUGGUGUGAGCUCAUUCAUGCUUGGCUCGAUGGGUGAUGGCCUCUUGAGUUGGCUGCAAUUGAAGCCAACCAAAGGGCGCUGA